AUGGAUAUUGGGCUUGACCCUCCAAAUGCGCAGAACGACAACAACGAUAGACAUAUUCGUCUAAGAGAGUUGUUUGGAUUGGAGUUUAGAAAUGCAUCUAGUCUGACGUUUGAAUCAUACGUCAUUUCUUAUAAUGGAGUGUUGACAAUGGCUUUCAAGUCAUGGACUCCAUCAUUGUCCAGAUUGAAGCGGACGAUCAAUCAAUCUGCUGAGUCCUUGGCCAUGGCAAACCAUGGAGAGAACAUGGGCACAAAAUGGCCAAAGAUAACACUGGCCUGCCUCAAAGACAACCUUCAUCUAAGUCGUAGUCAGUUUGAAGAGCUUCAUGUACUGUGUCGUCAGAUUACAAACUCCCAUCUGUCCAACAACCAUGUUCGAUCAAGUCCAGACAGUGCCGAAAAUACUUCAAUAGUGGACUCGGACCACGAUGAAGACAAUGUUCAGUUCGUUCGAACUGUCAUCAACGAAACACUACAUUCCACAACCAGCUCCAGCAGCAGCGGAGUUAUUGACGAACUAGUUGUAAACAAUAGAACCGACUACUAUUCAAAGGUGACCAACCAUUCACAAGGGAAUGCCAAUCAUUCCAACCAUUAUCUCGAACAACUUACCAGUGACAAGUUCGAAAGUACAUUGGUACACUUUGUUUGCCAAUCCCACGACGGAGAUGUUGACAAACAACAUCAGCAGCAACAACAACAACAAGAACAGUUGAUGCGCAAUCGACAUAUCAGCUCAAUGAUCGAACAUCUAAGGGAGACUAUCGAGAGUAAUCCAAACCUGACGGGCAUCUACGAUUGGAUGCCAUUGCACUCUGUGCAUAUAUCUGUUCGAGCAAUAAAGUACGCCAGUACCGACUGA